AUGUCGCUGGCACCGAGUUUGCCAAGGCUACCAAGCCCCCCGCCCGCCGCUGAGAUUCAGAUGGCGCCCAUGUCUCCGUCCGGUGGCCCAGCAGCCAGUCUUCAGACAACACCUCAAGAGCAGACACAGCUUGAAGCUAGCUCCAGGCGGCGGAUACAUCCAGGAACGAAGGCGGCAGAUAUGGCAGCUGGCCCUCCCUUGAUACCUCUACAUGAGCUCGACUCUGCCUUCCAACUUCAAGAACAUCUGGCUGCCCUCCAUUGCUACCAUACCGCCUCCAAUACUCAACCGAUUUCUCGCGAAACCGCGUUACAGCUUGCGACUCCUCCCAGCGGCGUCGACCGAACCAUCUGGCUCUAUGAGCUCUGCCGCUUCCUCAUCUCAAAGUGCAACUCGUUGAUCGUUGGCUUCCUCUUCGACACCCCACCAUGCAGUGCGAACACGUGCCCUGAGAUGCGCGCUUCCGAAUGGCAGUUCCUCUGUGCUGUGCAUGAGCAACCCAAGAGUUGCUGCGCCAUCGACUACUGCUGUCAUACCCUUGACUGGGCUGCCAACGUUGUAACCGACCAGAAGAUCUUCCCUAGCCGGUUUGUUGUUCACAACGACAAUCAUAGUAAGAAUGUUGGCGUCAAGAAUCUCGUCAAUGUGUUCCGCCGGCUGCAUCGCAUAUUUGCCCACGCCUGGUUCCAGCACCGUGGUGUUUUCUGGUCUGUCGAAGGGGAAACAGGGCUCUAUGUCUUUUUCAAGACAGUAUGCGAUCUGUACGACCUGCUACCCGCUGAGAACUACAAGUUGCCCCCUGAAGCAGAAGGACUCGAAGCGCCCCAUGUUGAACAGGAGGCCGCGCAGCCUCCGCCCACUAUUCUCAAGCCCUCGUCUCAACAGCGAGGUCCUCCCGCCGAGGAAGAUAACAUGCAUCCCACAAGAACGAACACUCGCCGACACAUUCGAAGCAGCCCUUCAACAGGAAGCGCCGUGACAACUGUGAUUGAAGCCGAAGAGGAGGAUGCAGAUGGAGUUUCAAGGAGGCUCAAAAACAUGCACCUCACCGCACCCUCCCCAGUGGAAGAAGAGCCAGAAGUCGCCGAGGUUCCCGUUAUUGUUGAACAAGAAGUUAUAGGCGAGACUGAGUCCCAAACCCGCGACCCUCACCCUGAAGAUGCUGAAGAGGACGAAAUCGAGGACGAAGGAGACGAGGACGCUGACCAAACAAUCGUUGGGGAUGCAUCUGAAAAAGACCCCACAGACGACGAAGGCACCCAAAAUAAUGAAACCGAGCCAACACUUGAACCAGUCGAGUCCAAAGAAGCCAAAGAAAAGAGCGGCUCAGAGGAAGACUCGUCUGAAGAGAAGCCCACAGAGUCACCAGAGUCUACUGGAGAUUCCACCACAGAUGCUUCUGACGCCAAGCCCGAUACCGAGAGCAAACCCUCUGAAGACGAAACGGAAGCUAAAGAUACCAAGUCUACAAGCGAAAGUAAAAAGGAUGAGAAAUGA